CAUCUCGCCAUGCGAAUCAAGCUGACAUGGCACAUGCAGCAUAUAUAAAUCUGAUUGAGAAGAGGGAGCUUUCAUUUUGCAUUUGAUACUAUUCGUAUCAUAUCAUGUGGUUACAUUUGGCUGUUUUCUUAAUUAUUGGAACGGCCAUAGCCGAUCUCAAUCAUGCAUGGGAAACCGAAAACGAAUAUCAUUAUCUUAUAAAAAGUUGGACACUGACGGGCUUAGAUGAGCUAGAUAAGCAAUAUUCCGGAAUUUUUAUAAGAUGUAAUCUCAUCAUUCAAGUGAAAUCAUCGGAUACGCUACAGGCUGUGGUUUCCGAGACGCAAUAUGCUUCCGUGAAUGAAAAAUUGCCAAAUAUUUCGGAUGAAAUCUCCGAUUUAGAGUAUCAUGAGCUUUCUUUAUCGGGAAAGCCCUUCGAAAUCAAGCUUAAACAAGGAGUGAUUCGAGAUAUGUUAGUCGAUCAAGAUGUGCCUACUUGGGAGGUGAAUUUGUUAAAAAGUAUUGUGAGUCAGUUGCAGAUUGACACAGAGGGUGAGAAUGCAAUAGCAAGUAGGAGCACUAUGAUGCCCACCGAAAACCAGUCUGUCAAUGAAUUCAAAGUCACGGAGGACUCCGUUGGCGGUAAAUGCGAGGUGCUUUACAGUAUUUCACCAGUGAAAAGUGGAGAUAAUUUGUCGAAACCUUUGCCACAUCUCCACAAAGAUGGUCAACAUCUCGCUAUUACGAAAACGAAGAAUUUCUCCAGAUGCGAACAGCGAGUGGGUUACCAUUCUGGUAUUGUCGGUAAAAUAACUUCGAAACCAGGAUUUAGCGAUGGAUUUCUUUCGAGAUCAUCAUCGAAUUAUAUUAUCAUCUUCGGUAAUCUGAAACGUUUUACUAUUCAAUCUUCUGUGAUGACAAGCCAGAUAUCAAUCAACUCUGAUUAUAAACUUAAUACAUCUACAUUUCGUAAUACAUACUCUGGCACUGUUUACAGUGGUAUGAAUUUAACUUUGGAUAGAAUGAAUCAGAUCACCAACCGUAUGCCUGCAUCUAAUAAUCUCGUGUCAACUGGAAAUUUAGUAUACACUUACAACAAUCCAUUUUUUAACCAAUUCAAAUCACAUUGUCCAAAUGAUAGUGAAAGUUCCUUGGUGACAUCGUCCAAGAAUCAUAAUUCUAGCAAUUCUAGCGAGGAAAACCGUAGCGACAAUGACAAUUUUAAAAGUAAGGAACACGAUUACUUUCAACCUAAACCGAAAUUGAAUGACGCUCCGGAGAGUCUACUAUUAUCCUAUUUCAUUGGAUACAAAGACAUUUUAAAAUCCGAAGAGAAUUAUACUCAGUUAGCAACUAACUUAAUCAUUCAAACAUACCAAGAUGAACAUAUGUAUUAUGCUUCCCUUAGUCCUACUUUAGAGCGAUUCACAAUUCUGGUGAAAUUAAUUCGCACCAUGAAUGUUGAACAGAUCGCUGAGGUAGAGAACUUACUGCCUGAAAUAUAUCCAAGCGAUUCGUUUGAUGUAAAGGAUGAAAGAUGGUACAACCAAACCAAAUGUAGGUAUAUCCUGUACAACGCCGUUGCAAAUGCCGGAACUGGUCCCGCUCUCAUUACCAUAAAAAAUUUGAUAAAGACUGGGAAACUCGAGGGCAUACAAGCGGCGCAGGUUAUUUCGAAAAUUCCUAAAUCCGUGCUCGUACCUACAGUGGAAUAUGUAGCAGCAUUUUUCGAACUGAUUACAGAUGAAAAAGUGACAAAACAGAGAUUUUUGAAUACAACUGCACCUUUGUCUUUCGCCGAAUUGGCCUAUUACACUUAUAGCUACAAAUCAUCUGUUUACUUUCCUAUCUAUAAUUUUGAUUGUAUGAUGUAUGAAGAUCAGCUUCUUGAAACUUAUAUUCCGUAUAUGGCUACCCAAUUAAGAAAAGCCGUUGAAGAAGGCGAUAGUCGUCGAAUUCAAACAUACAUUAUGGCACUGGGUAAAUUCGGUCAUGGGAAAAUACUUUCUGUUUUUGAACCAUACCUGGAAGGCACAAUUCCGGUAUCGAAAUUCCAACGUUUGAUGAUGAUCGUUUCAUUAAGCAGACUAACCGAAGUCUAUCCGAGAGUCGUAAGAUCUGUCGCCUACAAGAUUUACAUAAAUAAAAAGGAGGCCUACGAAUUACGUUGUGCAGCUGUCCAUAUCAUAAUGAAAACCAAUCCACCCCUGAUCAUGUUGGAGCGAAUAGCGGAUUUUACUAAUCAGGAUGAGGAUCGACACGUAAAUUCUGUUGUCAAGACCAGUAUAGAGUCCCUCGUUAAUUUAAAACAACCAGAAUGGAAAAAUCUCGCUGACAAGGCGCGUAUCGCUAGCAAGCUAUUGAAUCCUAACAUUAACAAUAGAAAUUCUCAGAGCAUUUUUAUGGAGAACAAAAUUCCCUCCUUAAACCUUAUUCAAACAAGCAUUUUACAGACAAUUGGUAGCAACGACAAUAAUGUACCUAAAGGUACAUAUAUUGAUAUACUCCAAUCUUAUGGUGGAUUAAAUCUACCCCUGGCAAAAAUAAUGUAUGCAGUAACAAGCAUGGAAGAGUUUAAACAGAUGUGGAUAGAUAUAUGGCUAGGUAAACGGAAAUUGAUGUCUCAAAAUAAAACUGAAUGGAUGAUUGAAAGGAUAAUUGAAAAGCUUAGUAUUGAGCCCGAAAAUGCGGAACAGCUUGAAGGAAAUAUUUUUGUGGACUCUGCAUUUUCUUUAGAAUUCUUUCCCUUUGAUAAUCAUACGUUUGAAGAAUUUACUAAUAUGGCUUAUGAGUUCUAUGAAUCGGUAAUACAGAGAGAAUCAUUUGUUUUUCAAUCCGAAACCGUAAGUAAUCUACACAACUACGACAUAACGUUGGGAUUCCCUACUGAAACCGGUCUGCCGUUCAUUUAUAAUUUAGCAAUACCGAAAUUAACGAUUAUUAGCAAGGAAGGAUCUCUUAAAAUCAUAAAAUCAGAAACUGAUAAAUUUGUCCAACUGGCAGUAGAAGGUCAUGUAACAUCAAGUGAAAAGAUUCUAAGUAGAAUUGGUUUCAUAACACCUUUCGAGCACAGACACUAUAUUGCUGGUGUUGAUAUCUACACGCAGCUUAUCAUACCAGGUAGUUUAAGUGUCAAAGCGAGAGGUUUGAGAAAAUUCGAACUAAAGAUUGGGAACAAGAAACAUCACGACCUAAAUUGUCUGACAAUUGAGCACAGUGUUGUUCCUUAUACCUCAAGACAAGAUAUUUUGAGCUUUGAACCUCUAGAGCGCAAUAAUGACACACGUCUGGUGCACACGAAGGAACCGAGUGAAGCUACGUUUUCGCUAGGUGAUCUAACACUCUCUGCAAAUGGUGAUGUUAUUGACAAAGAUACUAUGUCGCAAAAUAGGGGACUUGAUGGCUUUAUUAAGUUUUGUACUAUAUUUUAUUCAAAUCUCGGUGCCAGUUACAGGAAAUUUAAUGCAAUUUUACAUCUCAGGGAAAUACAAGUAAAUCUAACUUACCAUCAAAGCGAAAGGCCCACCAAUAGAAGUUCGGAAGCAACAAUUCCUACAAUAAUUGACAAACAGCCAGACAGUAUGGCAAGAGAAUCACAAUUCCUAGAGGAAGUCGUCAAAGAUAAUAGAUCUGUCAAUUCUUCCAAAUCUAUCGCUGAUGUGUUUGAUAUAAGUGUUUCAGCUAACAAUAAUCGUUAUGUUUUUACCUACGCUUUGGGAGACAACCACGAUAAUCUGCAGACCCUUUUGUACGGGAAUGUCCAAUUGCCAGAUGGAAAAGUUCCCUGGGAGUUUUGCAGUGUUAAUAGCAUUGUUGGAUUAUCAUGGUACAAUCAUCUAGAUGUCGAGAAAGCAAUCGAAAAGGUUCCGAAUUAUGAAUUUAACUCUGAGAUGCGAUUUGGAAGUUGUGCAAAUGGAGAGAUGAUUAGACUCAAAGGAAAUUUGAGUCGCACUAAUGAUGUCAUGAAGAAGAUAAUGAAUUCCGAAGUAGUCGAAAAGUGUCAACAACAGAUAAAACAAGGCAAUAUUUGGUUACCAACUUGUCAAAAGGCCAACAAAUUAAUUCAAUAUAGGGAUCUUCUAAUGAUGUCAAUGGAAACGAAUUCGUUUAAUUUAUAUUUGUCUGCCGUCAGAAUGAUCAUGGGAAUAAAAAUGAACUUAUCCAAUAAAGAAAUGUCAAUGGCAAACUUGGAAGAAAGCACUAAUAAGAACAUGGAUGUAGAGAUAAAAAUGCCGCUUGAUGACAGUGAUGCAAACAUUUCUUUGCGCACUUCACAUGCGGCCGUUACGUUCUCUCUGUCGAACUUUAUUUCAGAUCCCAAUGUUAUGUUUCCCAAUUUAACAAUGAACAAGCUUUUCGAGAAUGAUUUGGAAGGAGAUAUGUGCGUUCUCGACAAAACCCAAGUUGUAACUUUUGACAAUAAGAUCUAUCCCUUGACAUUGGGAAAAUGUUGGCACGUAAUGAUGGCGCCUAGUCCACAGCGGGAUACCAAUAAUCCCGACAAAAUUUUAAGUGCCUUUGAAAAUGUGAGAGCAAUUGUCAUGGCCCGAGAAAUGGAUGACGGGAGCAAACAGGUAUGGAUUAUCUUGGGUGAUGAAGAAAUUCGUCUGCGAAAAUUGAACGAUCGUCUUCAAGUUAAUAUCGUUAAUGACGAAGAAGCUUAUUUCUCGGAUCAUAAAAGCUACGUACAACCUACCUACGAAAUUUAUCACAAGGAUGAAAUGAUCAUAGUGCAUUCGCAAAACUAUACAAUCCACAUCGUGUAUGAUGGAGAACGUAUCCUACUUUAUGUAUCCGAUCAAUAUCGCAAUAUUGUACGCGGUCUCUGCGGUAAUUACGACACACAAUUCAACAACGAUUUCAUCGCUCCUAAGAAUUGCAUCUUGACGGAGCCCGAAGAAUUCGCCGCUACAUAUGCCCUGACUUAUCAGGAGGACUGUGAAGGACCCGCUUUGCAGAACAAAGUAAAAGCUGAACAAUCCACAUGCACUUCAAGAUCGUAUAUUCCGAGUGAUGUCAUCAGUGAAAGAGAAGCGGGAAGAGUUCGCAGGAACGGAAGAUGGGGCUAUUGUAUGUACAAAAACACGUUCAGGAGAAGCCACUAAUAAUUGGAUAAUUUUUUUUAUCAAAGCUUUUAUGAGUUAUAAGCUUGCGAAAUAAAAAGAGAGAAGUCAAAAAUAUCGGGCAUAAUAAAAACGUUUUCUUCCAAUUCAUGCACAGAAUCAAGCAAAGAUUUAACCGAGGAACCUGUAUCCAAGUCUCGAAAAACUUUCAAUGUUAUUAUAUUAUUAACUUCUUUAUUGGGUGAAUACAAAAGCACGUGCUUGAUUUAAAAAAAAUUUUUAUACAUAUAAGUUUAGAAUGUAAUAUUUUACUCAAAUUGACAAUUCAGUACAGUAUACUAUUCGAUAGUUCAAAAUUUUGUAAAUUUGUGAUAUGUGACAGGCCCA